AUGCAAGAUGAAGGCAACGUAACUGAUGAGAAAGAUGCUGGAUUUUUUGCUCAGUUUAAGGGAUUUUUUGCCGGGGAAAAGCAAAAGGCCGCCAAAGCUGCUCAACUACAAGCGGAAAUGGAGAUGCGCUUGUGGAAGGACCCAGGGCCGUUUCGAUUUCGCCCAGGCGAGCUGUGCGCACUCAUAGAUCCAGAAGACUUUUCAAAGCUUGAGCAAAUGGGUGGCAUUGAUGGUCUUAUGCAGGGUCUUCAAACAACUUCUGAAAAAGGCAUUACCUCAUCCGAAUUUGGCACCGAUAAUGAUGCAGACAAGGCAGACACUAUUAAGCAAAGAGCCAGUGUAUAUGGUACAAAUAUCUUACCCAAGCGAGAAUCAAAAAGUCUGCUAAUGCUUAUGUGGCUCGCAUUGCAGGACAAGAUUCUUAUUUUGCUUAUCGUGGCAGCUAUUGUUUCAUUAGCGCUUGGUUUGUAUACAAAAUUUUCAGGACGUAAUGAACCUGUGCCUUGUCCGGACCCUCCCCCUGGCCAAGACAUGUGUGAAGGUCCAUCCGUUGACUGGGUGGAAGGUGUGGCUAUUCUCAUUGCUGUUAUUAUUGUUGACCUUGUUGGCUCACUAAAUGAUUGGCAAAAGGAGCGUCAAUUUCGCGUACUAGAUGCCAAGAAAGACUCACGAGCUAUUACAGUUUUGCGCGACGGACAAAAGCGCCUGAUCGAUAUUCAUGAUGCUGUCGUGGGUGACGUCGUUUCUAUUGAGCCCGGUGAAGUUGUAGCAUUCGACGGCGUUGUUCUUCGCUCACACAACAUCAAGUGUGAUGAAUCAAGCGUCACAGGGGAAUCCGAUAUGAUUCAAAAAGUGUCCUACGAAGAGUAUUUAAGUGAAAGAAGCAACGGGACUCUGAAGCACAAGAGUGUAUUCAUGAUUUCAGGAUCCAAAGUUCUGGAAGGAGUAGGAGAUUUUGUUAUCACUGCAGUGGGUUCUUUGAGCAUGCAUGGUAAGCUGAUGAUGUCACUGCGCGAGGAGCCUGAAAACACACCCUUGCAAAAGAAAUUAAACCAUUUGGCUGAAAUGAUCGCUAAGUUUGGCUCUGCAGCAGGUAUUCUGAUGUUUAUUGCGCUGAUGAUCCGUUUCUUCGUUCGCUUAGGGCGAGAUUCUGAUGUCGACAGCAAUGAGUAUGGUCAGCUGUUUAUCGAUAUUCUUAUUAUUUCUGUCACAGUAGUUGUUGUGGCUGUCCCCGAAGGAUUACCUUUGGCUGUAACCUUGGCGUUGGCGUUUGCCACGCGUCGGAUGUCCAAUCGCAAUCUGCUUGUUCGCAUUCUUGGGUCAUGUGAAACGAUGGCCAAUGCCACUUGCAUCUGCACAGAUAAAACAGGCACCUUGACUCAGAACAACAUGAAUGUGGUUGCAGGUCUCAUUGGAGAUGGCAUGCCUUUUUAUGAUGAAGUUAAACUUGAAGUCGAAAAUGCUCAAGUUAAUUCAGAUGGCGUUAACAUCAGUGAACUCACACUCGAGCUCCCAGAAGCUGUCCGAAACAUGCUAAUUCAGCUAAUUUGUAUUGAUUCAACGGCGUUCAUUCCAAAAGAGAGCGAUAACUCUGAUCAUUUUGUUUCGUCACAUGAAAAGAAGCCAUUCUGGGCGAGGUGGAUGUCACGACCUGCGCCAUCUAAUGCCUUACUAAAGGCAGCCAAAGGUGAAGUCAAUUUUGUGGGCUCGAAGACAGAGACGGCGUUAUUGAACCUGGUCCGCCGGCUAGACUGGGCUGACUAUGAAGAGGUUCGUGCGGCUGCAGACAUUUUACAAGUCUUUCCCUUCAGCUCAAAGCGCAAAGCCAUGGCUGUGGUUGUAAGGACAGAGUUCGGCGCUCGUCUCUACGUCAAGGGGGCAAGUGAGAUGAUAUUGAACUUGGCCACGUCGGUGGUGUCCAUGUCUUCGAGCAAGUUGUCGUCGGUGAUUCAGUCGAAGCCAUUGGAUGAUAACGAACGUCAGCAUCAAUUAAGCAAUAUUGAAGGAUACGCUAAGCAAUCGCUCCGGACGCUUGGCUUAGCUUAUCGUGACUUCUCGGCAUGGCCACCACCUGGCAUUCGCUUGAAUACCGCUGAUGAGGUCGACUUUGAUGAUGUUGUUAAAUCGCUCUGCUUUCUGGCUAUUGCUGCCAUAGAAGACCCGCUGCGCCGAGGCGUAACUGAUGCGGUGCGAUCUUGUGGAAAAGCUGGUGUGAACGUGAAGAUGUGCACAGGCGAUAAUAUCAUGACAGCAUGCUCUAUUGGAAGGCAAUGUGGUAUUUACCAUGAAGGUGGCGUGGCUAUCGAGGGUCCUGUGUUUCGGCAGCUGUCGCACGCUGAUCUGGUCGAAUUGGUCCCGCACUUGCAUAUAUUGGCGCGUUCUAGUCCCGAGGACAAAAAAGUGCUUACAAAUACGCUGAAGGAUCUAGGUCAAGUGGUUGCUGUCACAGGCGAUGGCACGAAUGACGGACCAGCCUUGAAAUCCGCUAAUGUUGGUUUUUCUAUGGGCAUUGCGGGGUCCGAAGUGGCUAAAGAGGCCAGUGAUAUCAUUCUUUUGGACGACAACUUCUCCAGUAUCGUCAACGCCAUCAUGUGGGGACGAUGCGUGAAUGACGCAGUGCGAAAGUUCCUUCAGUUCCAGUUGACUGUCAACAUUGUUGCCGUAAUAGUGACGUACGUGUCUUUCCGGUUUCAUCGAGCGAACCAGAACUCGGUGCUGACGGCCGUUCAGCUUUUGUGGCUAAAUUUGAUCAUGGACACUCUAGCUGCGUUGGCGUUGGCCACAGAUCCGGCAGAUCCAAGGUCGCUUGAACGCAAACCAGAUCGUUCGACAGCGCCGCUCAUUACACCGGAAAUGUGGAAGCAGAUUGCUGUCCAGUCGAUCUAUCAGGUGAUUUUGGUUCUUGUUUUAUAUUACAGAGGAAUGGAUAUUCUAAACGAACAUGACAAAUCUCAUCCACAAGAGCUCAUCAAUAAAUUAGAGAUCGAUACUUUGAUCUUCAAUGUUUUCGUUUGGUGCCAACUUUUCAACCAAGUUAAUUCUCGGCGACUUGAUCGACAUUGGAAUAUUUUCCACAAUUUCCACAAGAAUUUAUGGUUCAUGUGUAUCAUGUUGAUUGAAAUUGGAUGCCAGGUAUUGAUCAUUUUUGUGGGAGGUGCUGCUUUCAGCGUCAAACGUAUGAAUGGCCGAGACUGGGGCAUUUCUAUUGUCGCAGGCUUUGUUUCAUGGCCGCUAGGUUUGAUAACGCGAUGGUUGCCAACCAAGCCGCUUGAAGAUUUACUGAUCAAACUGAAGCUAAUGCAUGAUCCAAAUGAAUUGCCAUAUAAUUCAUCGAGGUCAUCCGAAGAAUCACUAAUGGAAUGGAAUGAACCGGCCAUCGGACAAAUUGCAAAGCAAAUUGGAUCUUUCUCGCGUAUUCGUGGUGGUAGAUUGCGUGCCAGCAAUCUCGUUUUAAAGAGCAACGCGAAACUUAUGAGGGAAAAUGAUGUACAUCCCCAGGAAAUCAUGGCUAUGGUGCCAGCUUUGAUAGGUACAAGUGUUGGAGGCAUGUGGAAACUGUCCAAGCAGGGUUCCUAUGGAAAUAUGGACCAGUCACAAGCCCAGGUGUCUAUUAAAACUUUGUAUCGACAAGGCAAAAUUGUUUUCCACCCGAAUACGCCGUCGGAUCAUCCGUACUUGUUGUCCCUAAAGGAUUGA